UCAGAAUUUGGCGUAAACAGAAUGAGAACAUGGAUCCAUAAUGCCUUGUUACCACUGUGCAGCUAGUCAGCGAGGCUGUAUACUGGAUGCAACAGCCAGACAUCCAGGAGGACCCCGCCGCUCGUGCCUUAGCAAUUCACACGGGGGACGUUCUGCGAGGGAUUUCCCUGUCAAAGGAUGCGUUCCUGGCCGAAGAGGUAAGGCUGAAUUUACGGCAGCUUCGAAGUCGGGUGGCGGAGAUAAACAGGCAGCAGAUUGCCAUAGACUGCGGUCUGCCCAUAGACCCGCUGGCUGAUCUGCCCGACGUGUCCCCGACUAUAAGCCGUAAGAAGAAGCGAAGAAACCGGAGACGCCCUGAUGAGAAAACAAUGGUUCUGGGGGCUGUCUCUCUGGCCGCUGCUUCUCCCCCCGCCGGUAAUUGGGAGGAACCCCUCCCAAUCCUGCGUCCAGCUGUGUUCGCUCCCGAUGUCACCGCUACCGGGUGUCUGACACAGCCGCUAUGCGGCCAAUGCUGGCAGCUCACCCCUUCAGGGACUCACGCCUGGUUCUUAAAGGGGCCAGAGCAAUCAGGGAUACCAUCCCGCGAGUUCCACGUUCCCUUAAAGGGGCCGCGCCUGCUCUUGAGGUGCCAACCCUGAUGGCUACACCUGAUGUGCACGACCCGCUGGCACUCGAUCUGUCUGUCCCGCCUGCUCAGCCUGACCCGCCUGUCCAGCCUCAUCUGCCUGUCCCGACGGAUACCGCACUGCCCAGUGAGGUUCCGGCUGCGGCGCCCCCUGCUGGCCCAGAGUUGGCGGUCGCGGCAACCACUGCUACGCCCGUGGCUCGCCUGCCUGCAGUCUCACCUACGACUGAAGCCCUGGCUAGAAGGUUAUUCACCCUCCAGGGCCUGUAUGGCCCCCCUGAUGGGGGAGCCAGCGGUGCGAGGUUCCCCAAGUUGGCUGCAAUCACCCCGGUAUCUCCACCACAGCAGCUGGAAACGGUGGAGGAGAACCUGAAGAGGUUGCUCCGAUUGAGGAUGGAGCAGGCUUCCCCAGCAGAGGAUAGCGUGCCUGCUCCAACGGUGCUCCCAGAGGCGUCUGUGUCUCCUGCUCCUGCGGUGCCCCCUGUUGGCCAGGAAGCGGUGGUUCCUGUGGCGCCUGCAGCGCCCCCCCAGGUUCCUGCUUUCACCCCUGUUGUUCCUGUGCCUCCUGCUUCGGCGGCUCUGCCUCCGGUGCCUCCGGCUGCGGCAGUGCCCCCUGUUGGCCCGGAGCCUGAGGCGCCGGCGGCACCCCCCGAGGUUCUCUCUGCUCCUGCGGCACCCCCAGAAUUGGCGGCGCCUGCAGCGCGCCCUGUUGGCCCGGAGUGGGCGGCGCCUGCAGCGCCCCCUGUUGGCCCGGAGUCGGUGGCGCCAGCAGCACCCUCCGAGGCACCGGCAGUGCCCCCCGAGGCUCCAGUGGCGCUGCCAGCGCCCCCCGAGGCUCCUGUGCCUCCGGCUCCAGCUACACUACCCCUUGCUGGGCUGGAGUGGGCGCCCCCUGCCCAGUCCCCUGUGCAGUCGCCUCAGCUCCCCGUGACUCCAGUGCUCCCCGUGACCCCAGUGCCUGAGCUCCCAGCUCAGUCCCCUGCUGCUGCUCAGCCCCCAGCGGUCCCGGAGGUCCCCCCUGGCUUUUCCGUCCUGCCCGUGGCUCCUGCUCUGGUGUGCGAGGCCCCCACGCCCGCGGCUUCUGCUCUGGCGUGCGUAGUGGAGUUAGAGGAGGAGCUUGAGUGGGAUCUCUCUGGGAUCUCCUUGACAUCCCCGGCAGCUCCCCCUGUGGACCUCUUCAGGGGGUCACCCCAGCCACCGGCGGUUGGCCCCGGCUUCAUCUGGGGCACCUGGUCAGUCUUCCACGGCCCGCCUGCCAGUGUCCCCUCCACAGCCUGCAGGUCCCUCGCCCGCGGCUCUCCCCUCAGCUCCCUCCUUGCCACCUCCACCAACCCCAUCACCUGCAUCCUCACUACCCUCAGCCCCUGUUCCAGUCCCGCAGCAGCCUGCUGCCCCAGGUUCUCUGUGCCCCGUUGA